CUAUAAAAAGGCUUACGUCCAGUACAUCUGGAUCAAAUCCAGACCACUGACAGUCUUUACUGUGACUUUGACUACACCCGUCCAUAAAAGGGAAAUAUAUUGAAAUGGAGGAGCUCGACAAGACUCAGUUGCAGCUGUUGAAAAACGCAUUCGACGCGUUCGACCACGAGAAGAAAGGCGUUAUCAGUACAGACAUGAUAGGCACCAUCCUAGAGAUGUUGGGUCAUGAAUUGGACGAAGCCACUCUCAAGGAAAUUAUCACGGAAGUUGACGAAGACGGUUCUGGAGAGCUAGAAUUCCCUGAAUUCUGCUCAUUGGCUGCUAAAUUCCUGACAGAAGAAGAGGAAGACAAUGAAACUAUGGUUGCGGAGUUGAGGGAAGCUUUCCGGUUAUACGACAAAGAAGGCAACGGCUACAUCACGACUGAUGUGUUGAUGGAGAUCUUCAAAGAGCUGGACAAUACUAUUACGGCCGAUGACCUAGAGACCAUGAUUGAAGAGAUUGAUUCUGAUGGCUCCGGAACAGUGGACUUCGAUGAAUUCCUUGAAGUAAUGACUGGUGAAUAAACAAGAAACCAGACUUACCUACUUACCUACAUAGCAACUAAGUAUUAGACUUAUGCCUUUUAAGUAAAUUUAAUAUAAUAAUAAAAUGUAA